UGCGACCGGCCUGUGUCAGUGCUGUCGAGGUACUCUUCGAAGAACAAGAGAGGACAAUGAUACGAACAUGAUCAACGCCGAUGGCUUCUCAAAAUGCGAGGCGACUCUGCAACAGAGAGGCAGGAGGAGGCCACCCGCAGAGAUGUUCCAUCUGCUGUCAGCUGUCAUUGUUUGGCUGGUGACGGGCACCACCAUCUCCAGCCUCAACAAAUGGAUAUUUGCCGUUUACAACUUCAGGUACCCUCUGCUGCUGUCAGCCCUGCACAUGCUGACAGCCAUAGUGGUGGAUUAUGGACUGAUCAAGUUGCAGGUGAUCCGCCACAGAGGGGCUGGAGAGCAGGACCUGACCCCCAGCGCAAAGUGUAAGGUGUUCCUGUUGAGUCUGACAUUUUGUGCCAGUAUCGCCUUCGGGAACAUGGGUCUGAACUAUGUCCAGCUGUCAUUUGCACAAAUGAUUUACACCACCACCCCGCUCUUCACUCUGGCCAUCUCCACGCUGAUCCUAGGCAAACAGCAUCACAUCCUCAAAUACACAGCCAUGAUGCCCAUAUGCCUGGGUGCCUCCUUCAGCAUCUUGGGAGAAGUCCAGUUCGAUCAGACCGGCUGCUUCUUUGUGUUUGCAGCCACCAUGUUGCGGGGUGUCAAGUCCAUUCAGCAGAGUAUUUUACUGCAGGAGGAGAAAAUCAACUCUGUGUUCUUGCUCUACCUGAUGUCCAUUCCUAGCUUCUGCAUCUUGGCCGUGGCGGCUCUGGCCUUAGAAAACUGGGCACUGCUGGAGUCGCCGCUCCACUAUGACCGUCACCUGUGGGUCUUCAUCUUGCUCAGCUGCCUGGGCUCGGUCAUGUACAACCUGGCCAGCUGCUGCGUCAUCACGCUCACCUCUGCCGUCACUCUGCAUAUCCUCGGCAACCUGAGCGUGGUGGGGAACCUGCUGUUGUCUCAGCUGCUUUUCGGCAGCGAGUUGUCCGCCCUCAGCUGCGCCGGCGCUGUGCUGACGUUAUCCGGCAUGCUCAUUUAUCAGAACUCGGAGUACAUUGUCAGCUACCUGGACGCACGCAAGGCCAAAGCGAAAGGGUCCGGGCAGAUGGAGUUUGAUGGUGCAGAAGACAAAGCUAGUGCAUCUGAACCAGCAUAUCAUCCGCAGAAAACAGACGGGAAACAGGACGAUAAGACAGACUGAACUGAAAGGAUGAAGGAGAGAAUAAAAUGUUAAAAGAUACACAUUAUACAGUGUGUGUCAUUAAGUGGUCAACAUCAGCAGAGGGACUGUGACCUUCUCCUCACUUCCUCACUGUGCCAAUUUAUUUCUCCUCUGGUCACAGAGAACAGGAGUCGGCAGAGAUGCAGAAAAAAGUCAAAGGUCCCCUUUUAUUUAUCACCGCAAUGGUUAGAUUCUCUCCUUCAUCUGUAUAUCACUCAUACAUAACCUAUAGCGGUGUAUGCAUGCAUGAGCACACUAAACUGUUUGAUACCUCAAGAGGUAUUCACACUGUCAGUCAUACUACUCCACUGUGAAAAUGUUCUCAUUUGCAGAGGGCUCUAAUCAACGUUUCGGCUGGCGAUCAUGGAAACUGUCGGCUGUGGAGAGCCUCAUUGGACAUUGAGGGGGGGGGGCGGGGGUUUAGAAGGCACUCUGCCACAAAUCUGAACGGGCACAAUUUGUAUUAAAAAGAUAGAUAUAUUAAUGGUACUGUUACCUGACAUUCACCUGGUCCUGACAUGGUAAGGAACUGGGUUUUAUGGCAGCUUUUUCUUUUCUUUUCUUUUUUUUUGGUAUUAUGUGAAGUGGCUUGUCAAAUGAGGACUGUGGGGGUUACUGUAGGGCUAAAACUUCUGGACGAAGCCAACAUUUCUGUGUAAUGAGAUGCCUCUUCUCCUUUACUGAAGCACACAUAUUAAUAAGAGGUCUGAGCUUGUGUUGUGUCCUCCCCUCUGAACCUUGGUGCGGCUUCCCACUUAAGGGCCUAGUUUUUGUUCCCUUACUAGCUCAGUAAGAAGGUCUCUGUAGAAUUAGUCCAAUUAUUUCCAUCUUUUACAACAGUGCGCUCACUACAGCGUGCCUCGAUAAUUAGGUUCACAAGUUCUCUAAGGAGUGUCACUCAACUUUAGCUUUCUUUUUCCCUUGUGGAAGACACGAGGAAGAAGAACAUGGAGCUGUCCUUUAAGGUUAUCUCUUAAAUCCUAACCAGUGUCUUCUCUUUAUUUAAAAUUUCCCUCCGUGUUGGUGACAUUUAAAAAAUAAAAAGUUAUACAGCACACCUUUAAAAACGGACUCCUGCUGGACAGUGUUAUGUUUUCCGUCAGUAUUUUGAAAAGCAUUUAUUGACUUAAUUUUAUGACGAAACAUACUUUAUUUCCCCUUUUGAAUAUUUAUGUGGAAGAAAAUAUUUAUUUUUGAAUGACUAUAGCAAUCUGGCUUCGUAAUGCUGUAGAUUUUGGUCCUGAAGUGUCUUGUACAUGUGUACAUGUGUACAUGUAAUAAUAGACAUCUCUAGUCUCUCCUGUACCUCUUCUCUUAAGAGAGAAGUCAGGUAAACAAGACAGACGACUGCACAGUGCUGCUGCUCCUGAAAGCAUCUUAAAUGAUCCAGGAGGUCUGGGACUCCCUCCUACAUGUACGGUAUGCCAAAUAUUCACUUUAAAAGCUCUUUUUGAAAGCUCUUCACACUGUGUUGCUAAUCUGUAUAAUCCGUCAGAGACCACAAGCUCUCGCAAGUCGACAAACAACAAAGCCAUACAUCAAGUUUUUUUGUUGUGACA